AUGGUACGAUCUCAAGCCGCCGAUACUUCCACGGCGGAAGCUCGCGCCCAAUCCACCAAAGCACGAGCAACAACCAAAGGCGACAAAAACAAAGAAUGGGAGGUCAAAGAAAUUCUCGAAGUCAAGAAGAAGUGGAAGAGUCUAUACGUUCGAGCAUCUUGGGUUGGCUAUCGCGAAGAAGAUCCAGAAUGGUAUCCCAUCUCCGACUUCAAAACCUCGCCAUACUUGUUGAAGGAGUUCUAUCGGGAGAAUCCUAAAGCGCUUGGUCCGCCCGCACAAUUACCUGCUUGGGAAGAGGCCUUUGAGGCGGGAGAGGAAGACUAUGAGCACUUGAAUAGUAAUAAGCCUAUGAAUCCGGUUUCAAAGUCCAGGUAUCUUAAACAAAUGUUUGAGUAA